AUGGAUAGAACUACUUUCGGUAGAAAAACUUUAAACACACAGCGAUCUCGUAUGGAUAGAUUCGUGGCAUCUCGAACUUCCUUCAACGAAUCCAGAAGACGUCGUUCAUGGCAUGCCACAACCAACCCAGAGAUCGUUGACACUUGGUUUGGUAAAUAUAUUAAACAGAAGAAAUACACAAGCUACUUGGACGAGGCCUUCGAGCUAGAGCAGGAGGUUAGGGUUCCGUACAAGGAGGCGUGGCUGCGUCCGUGGCCAUGUGUUCCGCGCAAGAAGAACUACUUAUCAUCAGCGGACAGCAUUCUAGACUUACCCACUUACAGUUACGCGACUUUUCCAGAACUCUUGGACUGGAGCAAUGACAACAUCCUGGUGGCCGCCUUAGGAAGAAAUUAUCAUAAAUGGAGCUGGAGGAGCCAGAGUCUCAUCAGCCAGGGGUACACACAAAACGAAAUACAGUGCUGCAAGUUUGAUCCAAGGGGGGAGCUCCUAGUUCUUGGUACGGACAACAAAAUGGUCGAACUCCACAAUAAUGCUCUCAGCAAAAAAAUCGCAACUCACAGAUGCCCAUGCAUCGAUACCAUUGAGCAUCCAUGCUCCGUCACCGCAGUAGCGUGGAGCCCCACCGGCAAUUCCUUUGCUACAGGCUGUUCGUUUGGUGUAUUGGUUUCGUUAUCCCGAGAAGCGAAACUUAUUACCUGGCGUCGUGUAGUUCGAGAAGCGAUUCAGAUUGUUCGCGUAUCACCAGAUGCUCGUUACGUAGCCGUAUCCUCUGUUAAUUCAUCCUUCGUGCUGCUGCUGUCCUGGCCGACAUUGGAGAUAAUAUCAAGACUGGAUUCCGAUUGGACGAUUAGGACUAUAGCCUGGCAUCCUUGGAGGAGUGCGUUACUGGGUGUUGGAGCUGUAACUUCAGACCUUCAGGCGAGGAUUGCGUUGUGGGAUGCGCCGACAUCAAAAGUACGAGAAACAACUCUCAGUCCAAAACGCCACAGUCUAGAUGCUAUGUUGUUCAGUCACAGGACCGGCGAAUUAGUGCUCAGCUUAUGGAACUCUGAUCGUGCAUUACUCCACCCGAAAACCUGCUCUCACCUGGUGGUGCUGAGCGAUCCUAAAACUGUGGUGGACCAAUGGGGCGAAGGCAGGAGCGGCUUGGACCGAGUUCGUACUAUGGUGUUCAGCCCUGAUGGAACUAAACUUGCUACAGCGACCUCAGAUGAAGAUUUGAUAAUUUGGAAUUUCCUCCCAGAAGAUAAAAUAAAGAAAAACACAAACUGUAAGAGCUUCUCGGCAAUACCAGUGUACUUGGACCAGGCGACGCAAGGCUUCUCACUACGAUAA